ACUGCUCACGCCUGCUAGCCUCCCGCUGCUUGUUAUUUUCUGCAACAAGAUGGCUGUCGUUCCUGAGAGCAGAGUCCUCACUUUCAGCGUUUUUAAAUGGAGCUCUUACUCGUCUACAUAUUUACCUGAGAAUAUCUUGGUAGACAAGCCUAAUGAUCAGUCUUCCAGGUGGUCUUCUGAGAGCAACUACCCUCCACAGUUUUUAAUCUUGAAAUUGGAAAGGCCAGCAAUUGUUCAGAGCAUCACCUUUGGGAAAUAUGAGAAGACUCACGUCUGCAACUUGAAGAAGUUUAAAGUGUUUGGUGGGAUGAGUGAAGAGAACAUGACAGAGCUUUUGUCCAGUGGCCUUAAGAAUGACUACAACAAGGAAACGUUCACCUUAAAGCACAAGAUUGACGAACAGAUGUUUCCCUGCAGAUUUGUCAAAAUAGUGCCUCUGAUGUCUUGGGGUCCUAGUUUUAAUUUCAGCAUCUGGUACAUUGAGCUGCACGGUAUCGAAGAUCCUGAUGUUGUGCAGCCCUGCCUUAAUUGGUACAGCAAGUACAGAGAACAGGAAGCCAUCCGCCUUUGCCUCAAGCACUUCAGACAGCAUAACUACACAGAGGCCUUUGAGUCACUGCAGAAGAAGACUCGGAUAGCACUGGAGCACCCAAUGCUGACCCACCUGCAUGACCGGCUGGUGCUGCAAGGAGACUUUGACGCCUGCGAGGAGCUCAUAGACAAAGCUGUGAGAGACGGUUUGUUUAACCAGUAUAUCAGCCAGCAGGAGUACAAGCCCAGGUGGAGUCAGAUCAUCCCGAAAUGCAACAAAGGUACAAGCGCCCAAGAAAUCAACCGAGACGACUUGAACAGUGAUGGUGACGACAACAGGCCAGGGAUGAGGGGAGGACAUCAAAUGGUCAUUGACGUCCAGACUGAGACUGUGUAUCUGUUUGGGGGCUGGGACGGCACACAGGAUCUGGCUGACUUCUGGGCUUACAGUGUUCAGGAGAACCAGUGGGCCUGCAUCUCCAGAGACACUGAGAAAGAGAGUGGUCCGAGUGCCCGUUCGUGCCACAAGAUGUGUAUUGACUCUCAGCGACGUCAGAUCUACACGCUGGGCCGGUACCUGGACUCCAGCGUCCGGAACAGCAAGUCUCUGAAGAGCGACUUCUACCGCUACGACAUCGACGCCAACACCUGGACGCUACUCAGUGAGGACACAUCAGCUGAUGGAGGGCCAAAGUUGGUGUUUGACCACCAGAUGUGCAUGGACUCUGAGAAGCACAUGAUCUACACGUUUGGCGGUCGCAUCCUGACAUGUAACGGCAGUGUGGAGGACAGUCGGACGUCAGAGCCUCAGUUCAGCGGCCUGUACGCCUACCACUGCCAGGCUGGAACUUGGAGCCUCUUACGGGAAGACUCGUGUAACGCUGGCCCAGAGGAUGUCCAGUCCCGCAUCGGACACUGCAUGCUUUUCCACACUAGAAACCGCUGUCUGUACGUGUUUGGAGGUCAGAGGUCAAAGACUUACCUCAAUGAUUUCUUCAGCUAUGAUGUGGAUGGGGACCAUGUAGAGAUCAUAUCUGAUGGCACAAAGAAGGACUCAGGAAUGGUGCCGAUGACGGGCUUUACCCAGCGAGCAACCAUAGACCCCGAGCUCAAUGAGAUCCACGUCCUGUCGGGCCUCAGCAAAGACAAGGACAAACGCGAGGAGAAUGUCCGCAACUCCUUCUGGAUCUACGACAUUGCCCGCAACAACUGGUCAUGUGUAUAUAAGAACGAUCAGGCGGUAAAAGAAAACCCGAGCAAGGCUCUGCAGGAGGAGGAGCCGUGUCCACGCUUUGCACACCAGCUGGUCUAUGAUGAGUUGCACAAGGUGCAUUACCUGUUUGGUGGAAACCCCGGGAAGUCGUGUUCUCCCAAGAUGCGCCUGGAUGACUUCUGGUCCCUCAAACUGUGUCGGCCCUCCAAGGAGUACCUGCUCCGCCACUGCAGAUACCUCAUCAGGAAAUACAGGUUCGAGGAGAAAGCCCAGUCAGAGCCUCUAAGUGCACUCAAAUACCUGCAGAACGACCUUUCACUGACAGUGGACCACACAGACCCCGAUGAGACAAAAGAGUUCCAGCUUCUGCCCUCAGCACUCUUCAAGUCCAGCUCUGACUUCAUCCCCCUGGGUUUCUCAGACGUAGACCAGACGUACGCUCAGCGGACGCAGCUCUUUGACACGCUUGUCAACUUCUUCCCGGACAGCAUGACCCCGCCCAAGGGCAACCUGGUAGACCUCAUCACGCUCUAGCCCCUCCCACCUCUGACACAACCACCCCUCCCCCUAUCGCCUCACACACUGGACUGGCUGAACACCUUUCCAUUCACGCACCUGAUGGGAUGGAGGUAACAUAGACCAGUUAUUUUUCUAUUCCUGAAGCCUGCUGGUGGGAUUACACUUCAUCUGGAACCGCCUGCUGACACAAACUGCGUUGCCUGAUGGUGAGGGUCCUGAACACCCACAUAAACAAAGCACUGUGUUGUUUGGAUAAGAGCGAAACUCCACGUCCUGAGGUGUGUCUUUUACAUUUCCCAAGAUAUACAUCCCUUUGUUUUUUAUUUUGUUGCUGAUGAACAUUUCUUGGAGCACGUAAAGCCCCUCUAAACGCCAAAACAUUGCUUGUGUUUUUCCUCUUCACUUUAUUUUUGUCCCCAGAAAAGCUAAGGCCAAAAAAAGAGGAUUUGCAGACAGUCUUUUAUUUUUUCAUAGAUUUUUUUCUUUUAAGUGUUGGAUUUGUGCUUUGUACCUCCGCAAACGCCCACGCAGACGACCACAGGCAUCCAUCCACAUGUUUGGAGCAGAACGAUGAUGAGAUGAUGUCUGUUCAGGCCAAUUGUUAAGUUUAGAUUCCCGGGGUGUUAAUUUAUUGGAAGACAGGACGGGGUGACUAUGAUCCGUGAAACCACUCUCCACAGCUACUAGCUCUGUUGAUCUUUGGGUAACAGUUCAGUAUCUUUACUUCCAAAAUGUCAUGUAAACUUUCAUUUUGAUGAUUUGGUUAGCUUGUUUUUCUGUAACAUAUGCCCCUAUUUAUGAUUGUGACAGCCAUGCAGAGGCAGACAUAGUCAAAAAAUGUAAUAGUGUUGUAGGAACAAUAGAGGAAUGAUUCUAUGAGAUAACAUUUAAUAUAUAUCUAAUUAUACCUUCUUCUUUUUUUUGUUUGUUUGUUUUUGGUUGUCAUCCCUGUAAAACUGGCUGUUAAAUUUGGCUUUACAGGAGCCACGCAGUGAAGUUUUGAACUUGUUUUCCUCAGUAAUUAAUGGACUGUGUGUGGUGGUCAAAUGGUGUACAGAAUAUGUAAAUACACAUAUAGGACUUUUUUUUGGAUUGAAGAGAUUAUGUCCUGGAUCUUUUUGUCCCUCUUCAUCAAAAGGUCAGGGUCCCCCAUAGAGUAACUUUCUAGCUCUACAUUUAAUAGUCAUUAUUACAUAUUGGGAAGAAUUUUUAUUUGAAUAAAGUGCUGGGGUCAGAAAUCCAGUUUAACAAUUAAGUGGGGAAAGGUGUUAGGUCUGUUUGUCAGUGUGUUGACAGCAUGUUCUGUCAGUGUGAUUUAAUUAAUGGGUGAAAUUUGCUUCUAAUGUGUAUGCUUCCCCGAGGAUGAAUCCUCCUGACCUUGCUGAUGUAGUGUCACAAUGAGGUUGAUGUUUGUUCAAAAUAUCUAGUGGAUGGAUUGCCAUGGAAUUAGCUUCAGCUAUUCAAAGUCACUAAUACUUUGUUGGUCCGUGGUGGCAAUUUAAUGCCACCAGUGGGUCAGAGUUUUCUCUUAUUCAGUAAAUAUCUCAACAUGUUUUAGAUUUUUUUUGUCACCAGAUUUGUUACAGACAUUCAUGGUUCCAAGAAGAUGUAUUCUUAUAUCUUUAGUGAUCCCCUGACUAUUUAUCUAGCACCACCAUGAGGUUGAAAUAGUUGCUUCUUAUUGAAAUAUCAGAAAUACCACAACAUUGGUUUGGACAUUCAGGUCCCUCUCAGGAUGAUUUGUAAAAACUUUGAUCUCCUGACCUUUCAUACAGCGCUUUCUUAGCAAAUGUUAGCAUGCUAACACUAAUUAAAAUGGUAAAUGUAAUACCUGCUACUCAUCGAUAUGCUUGCAUAAUAAUUGUGAGCAUGUUAGCAUGCUGGUGUUAGCAUUCAUUUCAAAGUACAGCCUCACAGAACCUGGCUGUAGACCCUUGGUUUUGUUGAUCCUGUAUUUCUGUUUGUAGUACAGUGAAAUGUACUCCCUGUAUCCCACAACUCUGCUUGUGUUGCUAGGCGACUCUUUCCUCAUCCUGCUGUUAGUUGGUCGGGACAUCCAGAUUCACAAGUAUAUCAAACACUUUUAAAUUUACAUUUCAUUUUAGUCCUAAUUUAUUGGUUUACGCAAAUAACCAUUAAUCUCCAAGGUCUUUAGCUGAACCUCACUGUGGCUGUCUGCACCAAUCACUGAAGUUGUUGGUCUCCAGUUAUGCUGAUCAGUUGUGAAAAGUUAAUCCACACCUGCCAGCCAAAUCCGAAUCAGUGGCCAUGGUUAACAGACUCCGACGUGGCUGCUGUUAUGACCCGUUCAAUAGAAGUCUACCAGACACUGCUGCCUCUCGAGUCUUUGCUGCACAUCCUACAGAAACUGAACACUAGGGGAAAAUGAUUGCUUUGGUCUUCUUAAUCUCCCUUGAGGAACACUAUUCAGGAAGAGACGGUGACGGAGUGUUUGUAAUGUAUGACAAUGACAACAUGAUUCUUGACUGACGCCCAUAGGAAGCGUGAGAAGCUGCUGAUUUGUAGUUCAACUGUCUGUCGUAAGUGAAGAAGGGAACACUCCACAAAGGCGGCUACCAACACAGUAACUUUGGAAUGACUCUUAAUCAGAUGCUAACUCAUUGUUCAUUGGUCAGGUGAAGGCAACAAAUGAUUGUCUCUCCCAGUCCUACAUUUACAACUGUGAUAUAUCAGAACCCUACAUGACUUGUCAUCCCUGGCACAUCCGCUACGACUGUUAACUACAAUUUGUCCAUAAUUUGUGUGUAAUGUACAGUACUAUUUCUAUCUUUGAGCUUGAUGAACACUGAAGGCAAAUGACAUCAUUAGGUCAGUUUAACGUGAGGGUUGGGUAUAAAGAUGCUUUGUCUGUUUAAAAAUCUUUCAGGUUUAACACUAUUUUGACUUGAGCAUCACAUUUCUAAUCGGAGUGAAAUUCACUGUUGAGCCACAGAUGCUUACUGAGACUUUAAGAUCAGACAUGUAGUUAAAUUAUGAUUCCCUCUUUAGUGGCAUUUUAAAGACAGUGAAUUAAAUUAUUGCACUUAUUUUUACGUGAAAGGACCAUACUGGUGUAUUGCAGGUGAAAGGCCAUAUCAUGAUAAGUCAGAGCCAAUGUAACAUUUUCUCAACUACAGCUGCUGUGGCCACAAGUGGCGAUUACAGGAUCAUCCUGACUGCUGCACAAGUUUGUGUCUCUCAUAUAUUAUCAUUACAUUCUAGUCACUAGAGCUAAGAAUCCGUUUUUUCCCGAAAUGCAUGUUGAUCUUUGAAAAAUCCAGAGACAAAAUAUUGUCUAUCCAGGUAGACAGAAGAGUCUGACAAUUCUGGAAAUACUGUGAAGACAGAAAUAAGUAUUGUUAAAACAUCUCUGUUUUUUAGAGUUCACCAGUGAUUUAUUUUUCAGAAAAUCAGAUUCUUAGUUCAGUGACUGAAACGUAAUGUUAAUGCACAAAAGACACAAACCGGGGCUUAGCUAAAUUUAACAGUAGCACCAGAAAGAAGAGUCAGCAAUUCAGUGAACUGACUUUGUAAUGCCAGUUACACAGCAAUAUCAAUCUACAGUAAAGUUUGCCAACAUUAGACACCAUUAGCUACUGGUCAUACUCUGAGUUUAUUAACAUGAGCAUGAGUGACUUUAAUUACUUGUGUGUGAAACUUUUCAUUUGUAAGGGGAAGAAUAAUGUUACAUGUGUGUUUCCUGCCUUGCAGACCACUGUUAGUUUCAGUUAAUUCACAGACUUGCAACUUUAGAAAAGUAAUAAAUAAUAAAACAAACCCAGACAUGCUAUUUACUUAAGGCAAGGGAAACUACAGUAUGCUUCGAAAGUGGUUGGCAGUAAUGUUGGAGAAAGAGACAUUUUUACUUUCUUACAGAGUUAGCUGAAAAGAUCAAUACCACCCUCGUGUCUGAAGCUACAACUAGCAGCCAGUUAGCACAAAGAUUGGAAACGUAGUCCAAAGAUAACAAAUUCUGCACACUGACCCUUCGAAAUCUCACUAAUUAACCCAGAGUCUCUGCUGGUCACCUGAUAACCUCACAGUGACUAUAAGACUUCAGGAAGUUACACUGCCUGGUACAGAAACUCUUUAAAUUUUUACAGUUUUUGUUUGUUGUGUGGUUGGUUGGUUGACUUUUAAUUUUUUUUGUACACAUUGUAACAAACAAGAUAUAACUUAGUAAAGCUUUAGGUGCUGGUAGUUGAAUAUUUGUACCUGUGGACCGAGCCAGGGUAGCACUUUUCCUCAUCUGUUGAUGCUAUUUUUUUCCCCACCAGGUUUUUCAACAACGCUUACUUGAUGCACCAGCUUUGUGUCAAGUCUUACUCUGCCUCCGAUUGGCUAACCUUAACCACUGGAGGCAACGAGUACUAGCCAGUCAGGGGCAGAGUUGUUGAAGUCAGGUAGAGGAAAAAAAUAACAAGUUGGCGAUGGCUUUGUUUAAAGUACAGGCAUGAGAGUGGUGUCAAUCUUCUCAUCUGACGCAGCAAGGAAGCAGGUACACGUAUUUCCCAAAAUGUCUAUAUAUUCCUUUAUGGAUACAUGAUUUGUAGCAAUUGAAAUUUGGGUUCUGGUCCUUUUUAACUGUCAGGCAUAAGCUUGUUCUUACAAACCGUGUCUGAAUGGAAUUAUUUAAUGCUUUACACUUAAUGUACCUAAUGUGGAUCUGUUUCUGAUGAAGUCACUUCCUCAUAGCUUUGUCCUGGUUUUAAAUCUACAAUGUGCACAUUAACACAACAGAGAGCACUGUUGUGUAUAAAAAGUCAAACCCCCUCAGGAUGUGGUUUACUGUGACAGGAGUGCCCUGCUGCACAGACAGAUACCAUUUGAUUCGCUAAAUUUAUCAGUCUAGGAAAGUAAAACCUGUAAGAAUUUACCGCAGUUGUUUUUGUGCGUUAAUGUUUGUUUUGUUGGAGGAGGAAGACGGUAUGUGCGUUGUCUCUUUCAUGUAUGGUUUGCCCAUGCCUCUUCUGUCCUGAUGUCUACUAAAUGUCAACAGAUUGGUGAUUUUUCUUUUUUUUUUUUAAGACACCACAGAACAAAAAAGAUUAUGCAUAUAGCUAAGAAAAUGAAAAUUCUAUACUGUGAGGUAUUAUUUAUGAUAUUCUGGGUUCAUCAUGUUUGCUGUAGCAUUUAGGUUUGAUUUGUGCCAGAAGAAAACUUUGAAAGACUAAUUGAAAGCACCUUGUAAAACGACAACAAAAAAAACACCUCAAUGCCAAAUGCUACUUUUCUUUUUUUUGUUUGCUGGAUGGAAUGUUAUUUUACAGUUUUCCUUCUUUUCUGUCCAUCUUGCCCUCCUCUUGACCCCUGGGUGGGACUCGGGAGUUUUAAGGCUGGUACUCUCAGAUCAUUGAGCACUACUCUGUGGAUACAGUGAAUGUGUAGAAAGCCUUGUAGUAUUGCAUUGUAUGUAAUGUAUAUAAUGAAUAAAGAUUGUAUUUUGUUCAGGUUUUCUUAA